GCACGGGCAUGCGCUCGAGGCUUUUCGAGGAACUUGUGGGCAGCUGAGAGAGUCUCGGUCGAGCCUCAGGUUGUUUGUUUUUCCCGUUCAGAGACAGAAGAACAGCGAUCGUGAUGGCCUUUCGGGUGUGUUGCCGUGGACAGCGCGUGUCUCUGCACAUGCUCAGUAGGAGUGUGUCCCACAGCAGUGUGUCCGCCGAGUCGCUCAGUGAACUGGACACACACGCACACACACACCCGCUGUUCUCUCGCUCCGCCAUCGGGACCUUCUUCCAGGAGCGGCCGCUGCUCACUAACCCGUUCACCCAGGAUGCACUGCUGCAGGCCUACCUGAGGCGCCACAUACCUGUGCAGGAGCUGGAGGCAGAUCUGCAACACUUCUCGGAGUGUGUGGUCAGUGAGGUGGAUGCUCUGGGCCGUGAGUGUGAGCUCCACCCGCCGGUGCUGCAGCGCUAUGAUGCGUGGGGGCGGCGCGUGGACCGCAUUAUCACCUGCGGCGCGUGGGGGCGGCUGCGGGCGCUGGCAGCUCAACACGGGCUGGUGGCGGCCGGGUACGAGCGCACAUAUGGGGACUGGAGUCGUGUGUAUCAGAUGUGUAAGAUGUACCUGUUUGCUCCGUCUGCUGGACUCUACACCUGUCCACUGGCCAUGACUGACGGAGCCGCUAAAGUCAUCGAGUCUUUAGGUAUGCCCGUCAGGGAAGCGUUUGACCGUCUGACGUCGCGUGACGAGUCGAGAUUCUGGACUUCUGGACAGUGGAUGACCGAGAGAAGAGGAGGAUCUGAUGUCUGUGAGCAAACACACACACACACACACACACACACACACACACACAUAUGGAGCUAAUAUUGUGCCAAAACA